AGCCAAAAACUGACGACGAGCGGUGACUAUUACAGAACGGAGACGAUCUCUGUAUCUCUUUAAAACGUGUCAAGGACUCUCUUUAUCUCCUGGGGUCAUUGGCGAAUUUUUAAGUGUUUGUUCCUCUUGUCGAAGAACCGUAACGAUAGACGUUUCACACGAAGCGACCAUCGAAUCAACUGAUUCAUGUUGGACGGACUUUGAGAAAGCCGAGAACUUUGCGACGAUCUUACCCGUGGAUAAUCUAAACAUCUCACGAACUUGGAUCUCACUGGAUCAUCUCAUUUUCUUGAAUAUCGCUUCUUUUUGAUCACUCACCAUCAUCCCACCAAAGGCUGGACAGGAUAUCUUACGCAGGGGAGGGGUAAAUUCAGUGUUGGCUGAAGGAUUCAUGGACUAAUGGAUGAGCAUCUAACUGAGAAACUCGAACCUUUAUCACCAUCACUAUCAAUCAGCCCAUCAUGAGUCUCAAUCUGCCAAUGCGACCUAGCACAAGCAGUCAGCGAAAUCGGGACAGUCGUAAUAAUUACUUCAACAGUUAUACCCCGCCAAGCUCCACGGAGGCUAUCAAUGGUCCUGUUAGGGAAUUGGUGAGGGAGCAGACACCUCUGAAUGAUCGCUUGAUUGUGGGUGUUGAUUUUGGAACCACGUUCUCAGGUGUUGCUGCUGUUUACACUUCUACCCCUGAUGAUAUAGAAAUCAUCAAGACAUGGCCUGGCGGCAAUGGUAUCACAUCGGAUAAAGUCCCAACUGAGAUUGCCUACGACUUUCCACCCAAUGCACCACAAGGCACUGAACCUACAGUAAAAUGGGGUUUCCAGUUCAAGCCCGAGGAGUCACGUCUGCGCUGUAUCAAGCUCUUCCUAGACCGUUCUCAAAAACUUCCCUUCUACGUCAGCCCUCUGGACACAGCUGCACAACUCAAGCGUUUCAACAAGAAUGUCGUCGACGCAGUAAGCGACUACUUAACUCAGAUUUACAAGCACACUAUGGAUACGCUCACCCGUAGGUAUGGCGAGUCGUUUAUGGCGUCGACAAAGGUUGAGUUUGUGCUCACUUGUCCGGCUGUUUGGAGUGAUGCUGCAAAGAAUACUACGUUGCAGGCUGCGGAGAGAGCGGGUAUGGGGUUGAGGUCGGAGAUUCAGAUGAUUAGUGAGCCUGAGGCUGCGGCUGUGUAUACGCUUAAAGCAAUUCAGCCGAAUCAUCUGAAUGUUGGUGAUAAUUUUAUUGUUUGUGAUGCUGGAGGUGGUACUGUCGAUUUAAUCGCAUAUAAAAUUAUUUCCCUCAAGCCGCUCCGUGUAGAAGAGUCUGCGGUUGGGACAGGAGGAUUGUGUGGAAGUGCUUUCUUGAACUACCGAUUUGAAGAACAUGUUAGAGGUCGUCUUGGUCAGACGCGGUUUGACGAGAUGAAGGCUAAGAAGGGCAAGACAUGGCAAAUGGGUCUUCGAUACUUUGAGGAGUUCGUGAAGCGAAACUUCAAUGAGGAUGAGCACCAAGAAGUCAACGUUCCCUUCCCUGGUCUUCCUGAUGACGAAGAGGCUGGGCUGGACUCGGGCUUCCUCGUCAUGACUGCAGAACAAGUCAAGGACAUCUUCGAGCCUGUAGUCAAAGAGGUCUGCGACCUUGUUCAGGGCCAAGUCACAGGUCUUCGCUCCAAGGGAGGCAUUGUCUCCGGCAUUGUGCUAGUGGGAGGUUUUGGUCAGAGCGAUUACCUAUAUCGUCGACUCAAGAACCACUUCACAAGCGCUGCUCCACCGCCGUAUAGCGAGAGGCCUACACACGCCAAUGCCAAUUCUACACAGGAGACGGGUUCCAUUGAAGUAAUGCAGCCUGUGUAUGCUUGGACAGCGGUUGUGCGAGGUGCUGUCUUACGAGGAUUGGAAGGCAACAUGGUUAUUUCUCGUAAGUCGAGAAUGCACUAUGGUACAUCGUAUGCUACUGUAUAUGAUGAGGAUAAGCAUUCGGUCAGUGAGCGAUACUGGUCUCCUCUAUGGGAGCGCUGGAUGGUCUCUGACCGGAUGCAAUGGCAUAUUGCCAAGGGUGAAGCUCUAUCACCACUUGCACCCAUUGCAUUCCACUACACACGUAACUUCCGUCCCGGCCAAUCCCUCAUCGUCACCGACGAUCUCAUAGCAUGCGACGCGGACGAACCACCCGCAGCAUACACUCGCGACCUGAUCCACGUGUGUACCCUUACCACAGAUCUCAACGCCGUUCCUAGGAGUUUGUUUACGAGAUUGACGACGACGAGGGGCGUUGAGUUCGAUAAUUUGGAUUUUACACUGGAGAUGAGGGUUGAGAGUGCGGGCUUGGGUUUUGAGUUGAAGGUCGAUGGAGUGAGGUAUGGAAGAGUUGAGGCCGAGUUUCACUAGGGCUUUGAUUUCGUGGAGUUAUACGUGAGACAUGGGCUAGAAAAUGUGCAUAUAUAUAUUUAUCGACUGAGUUGAUCUUGGUUCCCCUCUGUGUCCUUAUUUGAUGA